GCCAAUGUGGAUCAUGCAGUGGACAAGAAACACCACGAAAUUAAUCUUACGAAUCGUUAAUCUUACUAACUCCUAUCAGUGUUUAUUGCUUGGCGAAAAAUCGAGUGAACUUUUGGAAAGCGAGUGCAAUGGAAUCGUCGGUUGCCAACCACAGGAACUUGGAACGACUCAACACGCUAGUUGAAGAGUCUUCCCAGUCAAGCAAACAAAUGGCAGCGAACGAGUUCCAGGUUAUCGUAACGAAGCCAACGCCAGUUGCUAGUACACCGCAAACACCACGACAUCUGACGCCCAACAGCAGCUUUGUGAACAAACCAGAAAACAGACGACACACCGGCCCUAGCUAUACUGGCAGUGAUGAUGGCGAUUCACGGCGUCCCUCUAUAUUUAACGGAAUUCAUCCAAGACAAUCAUUCAGCAUAUACAAGAAACAGUUUGUGGAUUUUAUACAGCGAACCGGUAGCCGGCUUUCGCUCAAUAAAAAGGAAGACUUGAAGGAUGAGUCGCCGUUUCUGACUGAAAUCCGCAAUCGAAAUCGUGCAGUUGCAGAGGAUCACUUCAGCACUGCCGUCUCAGUACUAUACGCGAAACUACUCAUAGUCCUCGGAAUCGCUUUUCCGAUCACUGACGUCGUUUCCGAACACACCGUAACGAAUUACUACGAGGGGUUUUUUGUGUAUUUGUACUUCACCAGCGCAUUGUUCAUGAGUUACAUGUGCUUCGUUUUGUUGCAACACAAAUCGAAACUUAAAAUUCUCCUCGAAGGAUACGAACAACCCAGUGACAUCCCAGAACUGCUGAAGCCCAAGGUGACCCGGUUCGGGUCGUUUUAUCUGCGAGUUGGUGCGAUUGCCUUCGGGAUUGGCAGCAUGGUGUAUUCCGGUCUGGAGUUUGGCCAAUACUUCGAGCUGAAUAACGACGAAAGAUGUCAAAACGUUCUAAUUGCAUUAAUCCCAGUGUCCCGGGUGACACUGUGCCUGCUGCAGAUGCAGUUCAUCUUCUUCAGCAGCGGUCAGUUCCACAUGGAACGUCACAAAUUCGUGUCUCGCUUCGGUCUGAUGCACAUGCUGGCCACAAACCUGUGCGAGUGGCUGUACGUGAUAAUCGAAGAAGCUAAGCACGAGAUUGUCCACAUCACACACGGCGAGCUGCAUAACGCCGCCGCCGCCACGGGAUCGGCCACCAGGGCCCUUGCAGCACAAGCAGACGAUGAAGGUAGCACUGUCGGGAUGAACGGUUUCCAACUGAACGCUAGCCAUUACCAUCAGCAUUCACAUGAAUCGUCCAACCCCUCGAUGGCGUCACCCGUUCCCGCAAUCGAGUGCCUCCGGAGCAACAUAAUGGGGUCAUUGAUUCAAAAUGCUGCUCCCUUUCUGUUUCCCUGCACGAUUGAGUACUCGCUCAUCUGCGCCGUCAUUCUGUUCGAAAUGUGGAAAAAACUACGCGACAGCAACCGUGGAUCUAAUGGAUCGCGAAAGGGCUCUCGGAAAAGCCUAACCGGAAAAAGUGCCAAUCUGCUGUCCAUCGACUGUUCGAACGCCCAGCGGGGUAUGUUCGGUGGCAUCCUUGUCAUAGUACUGACCAUCAUCGUACUGAUUAUGUACUUCGUGCUACAGAAGGAACGCUUCUACAAACGGGCCGCGACCAUCGAGGUUACAAUCUACGAAAUCGUCAUCUACAGCAUUACAGCUUGUGCUGUUGUUUGUGCCAUGUUCCAAAUGAGAGAUUUAAAGUUCUCCCAAAAGAAGGGUGAUGCCGGAAUCAGCAUGGAUUGUAAGCUGUUGGCACUGGCUCAGGUUGGCAUCGAAAUAUACUGCGUGUUUAGUAUUAUUGGAACGUUUUUUUCGAUCGGCAUUUCCGAGUAUGCAACAGUUUACUCGCUGUUGGCAGAGAUUUUUUCAUUGAUACAAACAUCCCUUCAAACGUUGUUCAUCAUGAACGCGUGGUGGCGUCGCUGCAAGGGUGCCAAACAAAACCGCUCCAAGCCGGGGAGAGAAAUCAUCACCUUUCUGCUGAUUGCCAAUAUGUCAAUUUGGUUCAUCAACACAUUGAUCAAAACAAAUGCCAGCUUCCGACCAACUUUGAUGAACUUCUACGGCAUAUGGGCUUGGACUAUCAUCACGCACCUUUCGAUGCCAUUGGCAAUCUUUUACCGGUUUCAUUCGACGAUUUGUCUGUUCGAGAUAUGGAAGAACACUUACAAAGUGAGAUAUGAUCGUAAAGCUUGACAUUGAAAUGGUUAAAGUAUAGUUUA